GAAGCGUACGUAAAUAAACAAUUCGGAUUAAACACGUGUUUGGUGCAGUUGGAUUGCCUGAGAACUGAGGACAGCGAAUUUAAUUUUAUCACGCUAUAACGAUGGAGUCUGACCAGGAAGAUGAGGUUCCCAAUGUCAAUUUCGUCCCGAGCUUGCUGUUCGUAAAACGUGGCGUUGCAAAGGCCAACCCGGACAAGGUUACAUUAACCCCGGCAGAGCUGGCAAGAAUUAUCAACGAGACCAGAGAAGAUCUGGAAGAAGAAGGGGCGGAAGGGAUGGACACAUCCGACGACGAAGAGAAUGAAGAUAGUGAGAGAAGUUUAGCUGAAAGAGCUGGCAGGUUGGCAGCGAUGAACGCAGAUGGCACUGGUGAAGGAACUGAUGAGUAUAAUUUCGAUUCGUACGAGCAAGAAACCGGCACAACCGGAUUACACCUGAGUACGGUGGCCGUAAUUGAUCCGACAGAAAACAUCCAGGAUGAUGAAGAUUCGGAUGCGGAAGAUGAAAUCAUUAAGCCGACUGACAACCUGAUCCUUGUCGGACACGUGCAGAACGAGAGCGCCUCGAUGGAAGUAUACAUUUACAACGAAGAGGAAGGAAGCCUGUACAUUCAUCACGACUUCCUGUUGCCGAGUCCUCCGCUGUGUAUCGAGUGGCUCAGCUUUGAUGCGGGCAGUGAUAAACCGGGCAACAUGUGCGCGAUCGGGUGUAUGGAACCUAUUAUUACAAUAUGGGAUUUAGACAUUCAGGAUUCGUUGGAACCGGUGUGCAAGCUGGGGUCGAAAGGCAGUCGUAAGAAGAACCUCCCAAAGCUUGGCCACACGGACGCUGUUUUGGAUAUUUCCUGGAAUCACCAUUUGCAACAUAUCCUAGCUAGCGGAUCGGUGGAUCAAACGGUAAUUCUAUGGGACCUGGAGGAGGGCACACCCCACACGACGAUCCGCGACUUUGGGGAGAAGGUGCAGACAUUAGCGUUUCACCCGAAGCGAGCCGAAACGCUUCUGGUUGGGAGUUGCGAUGGCAAAGUAAAAGUGUUCGACUGCCGCUCUACAACCGACGACAGCAGCAGCUACAAAAUGUGGGAUCUUGGUGGCGAAGUGGAACGUGUCUGCUGGGAUCACUUUAACCAGAACUGCUUUGUGGCCAGCACUAACGAUGGAAAGAUGCACUACAUUGACAGCCGCCAGGAUGAACGUCCGCUGUGGUCGAAGGAAGCGCACGAGAAGGAAGUUACCGGGCUCGUGCUUAGCGCUCAUGUGAAGGGAAUGCUUUCAACUGCCUCCGCGGACGGCUCAUUGAAAGUAUGGGACAUUGAUGAGCAGGAUGCGCGCAUGGUAUAUCAAAAGAAUCCCAAAAUCGGUGUUAUACAGUGCUUGGGUGAAUGUGACGAAAGUCCGUUUACCCUUGCAUUGGGCGGAGAUUUGAAGACGAAGAAUUUUUGCGUGGUGAACCUGCUGGACAACGAUAUCGUGUCAAACGUAUUUAAAUCGAGACACGUUGCAAAUGUUUCAGACAGCAGUUGCGAACCUCCAACGGAAGAAAUGGAAGAAGCAACCAUCGAAGAUGAGUAAAUUUCUAAUUUCCAGUAUGCCAAUAAAGGUUUACACAUGAUCGAAAAUAA